UCUCAUUUCCUUGGCUGUCAGUAGCUUUUGUUGUAUUACUACAAUUACUUAUACUUAUUUAAUAUUUAAAAAUCAAACAAUGGGUCUAAUUUUUUUUUAGUACCAUUCCCGGAUUCACAACCAAAUUGCCAUUGGGUUACCAACCAUACCCCCAUUGAAGGACGCUUUCGCCUCUUCGCCAUCGAGUCUAAUAUCACAUCCCGGAUUAUCAGGACUUUUUAUUUCAAGUAAGUAUUCCUGAACCCUAUCCUUCCCCCACCCAUCUUGCAAAGGACUAUCAUCACCGAUAGGCUAACUGUGGUGGGAUACAGAUAUAGCGGUCGGUUGUUGUUCCACCCAGAGCAUGCGUGUUAGUUAUUAAGUCAUUUAAUUAAGGAAUUUAAUAGUGUUUGACCCUCAAAAUGCCCCCAAAACGAAAUCAACUAACUGAUGAAGAGAAAGCAAAAAAAAAAUGCAGAACUAAGAGCGAAAAGAAAGGAAGAAAAAACGGAAGCGAAGGAAUGGAGAUUGCGAGCUGGCAGGGAACGUUACGCCGAAAGGAAACGUACAAGAACCCAAGAAGAAGUUAUCCAAAAUCAGGGUGAACAGGCUAAACGACAACGUAAAGUACGUCAACAGGAAAUUCCCGAAAUGAGAGAAGAAAGACGCAGAAUUGACAAAGACUACCACCAGAAUCGACGUGCAGCAAAUGAAGUUGAAGCAAACCACGCAAGAAGAAGCGUAGAAGAAAUUCAUCACGGAAUUCGUCUUAUUGAAGAAACACAGGAGGUGGCGGAAUUAACAAGUGAAGCGAAUGAAGAGCAAUCUACGGCAACUGAAAACGAUGGACCAGAAAUUUUCUUGGAUGGUUUGGAAAGUGUUGAUUGGACACAAUGUGAUCAAGAAACUGAAGAUUUACGACGAGCAAAGUAUGCUCAAGAACAUGCAGAUAUUGUUCCAGUCGAAACAGAAGAAGAGCAACGUCACCGACAAGAAUUUUUGGAGCAAAAUCGGCAAACAAAGGUGAAGAAGACUCAUCAAUUAGCUCAGAAGCCAAUCUUAGAUGAAAGUAAAAUUAAGAUUUAUUCAUGCGGGAAAAUGGACGUGAGUUGUGAAUUCUGCGGAGCAAUUCAUUUCAAAGGCGAAAUGGCAAGUGGCAAGAAAUUUAAUCUUUGUUGUUCUAAAGGAAAGGUGAUUCUCCCUCCUCCUAAGGAAUGCCCAGAAUUGCUUCAAAUGUUAUUUACCAACUGCCAUCCUAAAUCUGCAAGUUUCAUCAAAGAUGCCCGAAAGUACAACAAUGCUCUCGCAUUUGCAUCACUGGGAGCAUCCAUUGACAAUCUACGAGGAAGAGGACCAUAUUGUUACAAGAUUCAUGGGCAACUUUACCACAAUACAACUGCUGUUCAAUUCUAUGAUGAAGAAACAUCCGUUCCUCCCGCUCUCAAGUACGCGCAACUAUAUUUCCUGGAUUCUGCUCAAGCGAACGAACAACGAUUAAAUAAUCCAGCAAACAGAAGCUGUGAUAGUGCUCUCAUGGAACAACUUGAUGCUCUCAUUCGUCGUGUUAAUCCAUAUGCUGUCAUGUACAAAAACAUGCGUCAAGUGGCUAUGGAAGAGGACCGUCAAGCAGCAGUUGAAGGUAGGGCUCCGUUAGUGAUUUCAAUGGUUAUUCAUAACGAUCGAAGAACACAGGAUGAAAGAAGAUACAAUAGCCCUGCAGGAGAAGAAAUUGCGGUUGUGUUUAAAAGCAUUGAUGGAGCACCCCCUGAAAACAGGGAUGUCCGAGGGCAUCUAUUAAUUCCACGGAGAGGAAAAGUUUUCAUUAGGAUUGAUACUCAAAAACCCAUGUGCGAUCCCAUGACGUACCCAUUGCUUUUUCCGAAUGGUGACAAUGGAUGGGAUCAAAAUUUAAAACGAAGAAAUCUAAAUGAAGACCAAGAUAAUGUUUCCCAUGAUCAUGAUGAAGAACAAGAAUUAUUGGCUGAAGAAUCUAGAAUCGCAGACUUAAACGACGAAGAAGACCAGAUGCGAACUGAAAUUGUACCGGAACCAGAAUUUGAAACAGAAGUCGACAUUGAUCCUGAUGUUCCAGUACCAAUCUAUGACGUCAACCGAAGAGGACCGCGUUCCAGAAUAACUCAGUGUGAGUUUUAUAGUAGUCAACUCUCGAUACGUAAAGGGAUUUUUAAUGCGGUUUUAUACGGAGGACCGCUGUUUCAACAAUAUGUUGUUGAUGCGUACGUGGAAGUUGAGGCGAACAGGAUCCAUUACAUUCAAACGCAUCAAAAGGAUCUGCACGUCGCACAGUAUAAUGGUCUUAUGGACUAUAUUACGACACGAGCUGAAAGAGACAACAUUACUGUAGGGACACCUGUGAUUUUACCUUCGUCUUUCAUAGGUAGUCCAAGAGCGAUGAAACAAGGAUAUCAAGAUGCAAUGGCUAUUUGCAGUAGAUUUGGAAAGCCGACUUAUUUCCUCACAUUUACCUGUAAUCCAAAGUGGCAAGAGAUUACGGAGAGCAUCGAGAGCUAUCAAGUAGCAGCCAACAGACCUAACGUUGUCGCAAGAGUCUAUCAACUUAAAUUAAAAGAACUCAUCAAAGAUAUUCAAGAAAAACAAAUUUUAGGGGUUGUUGUUGCAAGAAUUCACGUAAUUGAAUUUCAAAAGCGAGGCCUACCCCAUUGCCUUAUGUUGAUAUGGAUUGAUCAACAUGACGUUCCUACAACUGAAUCUGAAAUCGACAAGACAAUUUCAGCUGAAAUUCCGGAUCCAGAAACACACACAGAACUUCACAAAAUAAUCAUGAGCAACAUGAUUCAUGGUCCGUGUGGUACCAUUAAUCCAAACUCACCCUGCAUGGACGAAGACGAGACACCGGUAUUUCGUAUCCUCUAA